AAUUAAACUCAAAUCAAGCAACCUAUAAUCAACUGCACAAUUUACUGGAACUGCUGCAUUUCGAUUGUACGCCUCCAAAGACCUGAAACCAUGUCGUAAUUAGGAUAAUACUUGCUCAUAUUGGAACAUUUUACUCAAAGCCAGGGAAGUGAUUUUAAAUUCACUCGGUUAUUUUAGGGUAAUACAAGGUCGUUCACACGGUUAUUUUGCUAGGAAUUCAGUCAUUUAUUAUAAUCGUAUAAAUAUGCGCUCAGAUAUCAUUGAAUUGUUUACGUUUAAUUUCGUCCACACAUUUUUCUUACUAAUGGAGGUACAUUUAAUGACUUGUUAGCUAUUCACCGUAAAUCCUCGAUCUUGAGGUUCAAAUUUUGGGAUCAAAUUGGGUCCCAAUUUUGGGAAAAAUUUGGGCCAUUUUAGGUGAGCCACUAAAGUAAGUGGCACCAAACCUCAUUAUUUCAUCAGACCUGGGAAAUCCCCCUAUAUUUUUUCAAAAUUUCUCUCUAACUUUAAUGGAGGUCAUUCGACUUUGUGGGUUUCCCCAAAGUUUGGAGAUUAGGUCAAUAAAAUCUCAAUAUUCCGUAAUCGUGAGGUCUUAUAAAGCGGGGAAGUCAUAUCUCCUGGGGUCUGAUUUUUACCUGGUUACAUUUUUCUUAAAAUGUCUUCCUGACGAUGCUCAAAAAGUGUCCCUCCCACUCACUAUAGAUGCAUUAAAGUAAAUGGGAUACGACUGAAAACCCUCGAGAUCAGAGAGCUGACAAAUGAUAUACGCCCAAGUAUAUUGGCUUUCUGUGAAACGUGGCUUCCAAAAUGUGCCAUCAACAAGGAGCCUUCUCUUCCAGCUUUUCCGUGGCGAUUGUUCAAUGGUAUAACCUUCAGAUUAUUUAUAUGGGCGAUCACACGGUAUCAGAUUUUGCCCUACUCUGUCUGACUUUUAUCGGUGAUAAGUGCAGUUCCACAAGGCACAAUCGUUAAAGGACUACUACAAAGGAAUGUUACUUUAAAGGUAUCCAAACUAGACGAUAAACCCUACUCAGCCCUCUUGGAAGCUCCAAAUUUCCAACCUGUAAAGUACAAAAUGACCAAAGGGCAUAUAAUUUAUUCAUCUUGUAACCUAUACUCUCCACACUGACAGUUCACUAGUUGAUUUUAGUGCUAAAUUACACCUAAGACAAGUUCCAUUUAAAACAGAACAUAAAGGAGCUUGCAUAUAAACCCAUGCAUACUUUACUUUAGUUAGAACCCUUAAACUAUUGAACUCGUAAUUAUGGGCUAUGGUAACAGUCCGUUACGCGGUGUCUUUCAAGAAAGGGCUCGAAUUUUGCUUAAGUUCCGUAGGUUCCGAAAGUGACUACUUCGUUACGUUUCGAUUACUACCACUACUAAUGACUGACACUUUACUCCUCAGGGAAAACAUCUUAUAAACGGGACUUCCAUUGUCAAGAACACUCACCCAAAUGUAAAUCCAAGAAGACAAGUAGUUCCUUAAUUCUACCAAGCAAAUUUUUAGUUACCUAGCCACUUAUUCUAAGUCAACAAAUGUUAGUGAGGUGCCAUCAAACUGUCUAUGCAACAGCGAUUUUGUGGUUUGGUUUAUGGCUGUUAAGUUAUCUUGAUCCAAGUUAUUUACAGAAUUCAUGGUACUAACAUAUGUUUACCAAAAUCACCGUGUGUUUACUGGUUAACCAACCAACUUAUAUGUAUUCUAGCGGUGUAUUUUUCUACAUCAAUGUAUACUUCAAGUUUACUACCGUAUGUUUAGCCAAUUUAGUAUACCUAAAGUCUAGCUCAACGUCAUAUUAGAACUUGAAACAAUCUACUUCGGUUUGGGUAACCGGGUAGUCUCACUUUCACACAUAGAAUGUGGCUCAUACAUAAGUAUCUUGUGGGUGAGUUUACGAAGCCGAUUGAAGAAUAGUCCUGUAAGGAACUCAAAGCACUAAAAUACCGCAAACUAUCCUGUAUAUAUUAUCUAUACUCAACUGCUCUGAUGGCAGUGUUAUCCUUUUUGGGUAAACGACUUGUUAGGUUAAAAUAGACCUGGCGAACUACGAAUACACUUUUACUUUUUGAUAAAGCACUAGACUCACUAAACUUCAAAUGUCUGCUCAACGUAUGUGACGAUAGUGGUGAUCGAGUAGUAAGACUUUAUGAAUCAUGUCUGACUCAAGAUCUAAAGGAAGACGGCGAAUAAACACGGCCGUACCACUGCUACUGAUUCCACAUCCAACUGGCGUCAUCAGCUGUUGAUCACGAGUAUUACGAGAGCCUCAACUAUAAUGUGCACCUACCGACUUGGUUCUGUCGAGUGUGGAUUGAUACCUCGUGAUAUUCUGUCCGUUCGUAGCCUCUAUAUAAUUUAUACUUAUGUUAACCAGCUUUGGGUUUGUAUCACAUAUCUAAACGAUCUCGGUACAUAGCCUCAUCAAUCAACCUAAAAUUCGUACCUAGUGCCCUGCAUCUAACUUCAGUAGUACUCAUCGAUGGUUUCACCAUAUGCAAGCAUUGUUUUUAAGUCAUCUACUAUUGAAUACCACUCCGUGGAUUUUAUACAUGUAUUGAUCAUAUUUUGUAGCCAUAAAGUAAUACAGGUUUCACUGUUGCUUGAUAUACUUGUCCUUUGGUUAGUAAACUAAUAUCUUGCAGUAAGCGACGCAAAUUUACAAAACUAGUCAUACUUUUUCAAUCCAUGCCGCGAUUUUUUUCUCACACCAAACUACUAGAUUCGGUAAACCCCCAAGUUAAGUAAAAAGUUAGUGCAGUGAACUGAUUAACUCCUGGCUACCUAUCUAGGAAUGAUUCUGAUCAAUAUAGAAGCAACACUUUGCAUUUAGAUGUAGAGGAUUAUAUCUCAAACAUCCUUGCAUUGUUACUCAAGGCUGUCACAAAGCUAUGGGUUGUGUUAGCGUCUUUGCUGAUUAGGACUAUGUCGUCUGCAUAUUCUACGUCGAUAAGUGAUCUUUCUUGUAGAGAACCAAUCCUUUAAAUUUUCAACGAUAAAACGUUAUCUUUUAGAGAAUAUUUAUUACAGAAUUAAAUAAAAGUAUCCCUAACUAAUAAGAUAUAACCAGUUUGAUAGCUAAUGUGAUAUGCACGUCCACAUUCAGGUCUGAAAUCAGCCUGAUUCUCGCGGGUUUGAAAUGGAAAGUGCUUUCACAACAUUUUCAGGAAACCGUAUCUACACUUGGGAGCCAUUUAAGUUGAUGCAUUAAUAUGGAUAGUAAUAAAUUUGUAUGACGAAAUUCAGAGAGACUUAUGCUUAUCUGAUUUACCCCUGGCCCAUUUUACCACUUAAACUUACCUAGAAGUCGAGGGAUUUUCACAAAACUUUCAAUGUUAUAUGUCUCACCUCAUUUGUGAAGUAAAAUCAAGUCAGCGACUCUCGUCUAUGUGAAUAAACAUAUCAGUAUUUUGUUGUUACAAAUUUUACAUGUGUCACUCUAUGUACUUUUUAAAGGUGAAUCAAACCAACAUCAUUACGAGGUAGAAUAGACGUUACUAGAACUAAGAUAUACAUUCUAAAUCACUGUCACAAUUAUAAUUGCUUAUACCAGCUGAAUUUUGAUUUCGGUUUCAGAAAAUCUGCUUUCACUUGUAUUGGAGAUCCGAUUAAUGAUUUACUUGUGGACUUUUUGUCAUAGCUUCACGUAAUAAAGUUCUCCAAAUGUCGUAUGAAAAAGUAACUGGUCUGCGUUUGUCUGUGGCAGUUCUCACUGUCAGCGACACAUGCUCCAAGGAUAUUUUACUCGAUCAAAGUGGCCCAGUUGCUGAAAGUUCACUCCAGGAGGCAGGAUUUAACGUCCCGUUAAAAGAUUGUGUCCCGGAUGACCCACAUAUUAUUCGUCGCGUAAUUAUGAAAUGGGUAGCUUCUCGUCAAGUAGAAGCCGUACUUACGCUAGGGGGUACAGGUCUGUCUAGAAGAGAUGUUACUUCGGAUAUAAUUAUUGAGUUAGUUUCCCAAAAUCAACGUCUACAUGGUAUUGAGCACUCUCUUUAUUCUAUUUCACUUCAAAAUACCCCGAUGGGUGCUCUAUCGCGAUUUGUAGCUGGAGUAUGUAAUGAAACUCUACUAAUAACCUUACCAGGUAGUACACGCGCAGUUUCUCAGUGUAUCCCAGUUAUUCUUCCAGUAAUGAAACAUGCUAUCCAGCAAAUCAAAGGUUGGGAUCAUCUUGUAAAAUUAGAACAUCCCAUUCAGUAUAAUCUGGAUAAAAGUAUAUUAGAACGCGAAUAUCCUGUCGUUAGUCGUUGUAGACAUUCUAAAUAUCCAAUGAUAUCAGUUGAUGAAGCACUUGAAAAGAUAUUCGCCGUGUGCAGUUUUGAGAUGGGGAUUGAAGCAGUGUUUCAUAAAAAUGCUUUAGGUCGUGUUCUUGGUCGAAGUUUAAAGUCAUGUCAGUGCAUUCCUCCUGUUGAUGCGAGCAUGAUGGACGGAUAUGCUGUUCGAUUUACGGAUGGUGCUAGUCAACUAAAAGUUGUUGGUGCGUCGUAUGGUGGGGUUCAUAUGUGUGCAGGUAGAGAGUUAGUUGUUACUCCAGGCACAUGUGUUCGUGUUAGUACUGGCAGCCCUAUUCCCUCUGGAGCUGAUUGCGUUGUUCCAAUAGAGAACACCACACUUAUCUCUAAACGAAAAGGUGAACCUGUAGAUCUUUAUUUAGAAGAGGAAGACACGAUUGAAGUGACUAUUCCACCUGGAAGUGUUGGGCAGUUCAUUCGUCCAGCUGGUGUCGAUUUAGACAAGAACUUUGUUUUUAGGCGAGGACUACGCCUUGGUUCAACGGAAUUAGGGUUGAUUUCCGGUGCAGGUUUGCUAACACCUUGGCCAUCUAAUCAUGCAGAUUAUGUCAAGGCAAAUGAAGGUCCAAUUCCUUACGCGGUUUUAGAUCGUCUUUUGCAAGGCGGAUACCUACCCUGUCUAGAGCAAUGUCGCAUUGGUGUCUUAUCGACUGGAAAUGAGGUUUUAGAUUGUGUUGUUUCUGAAACAAAGCCUUUUGUGAGAGACAGUAACCGCCCUGUUUUAAUCAACCUACUGCACAAACAUAAUUAUUUUAAUGUUGUAGAUUGUGGGAUUUUAACCGAUGAUCGAAAAUCCUUAAGAAUGGGCUUGUCCAGGGCUUUAACCUUGUGUGAUAUUCUUAUCACAACAGGCGGCGUAAGCAUGGGUGAACGUGAUAUGGUUAGUAAGAUACUAAUCGAAGAUUUUAAUGCAACUCUCCACUUCGCUCGAGUGUUUAUGAAACCAGGGAAACCAACAACAUUCUUAUCUAUACCUCAUCAUGAUAAUUUAGCCAUCGCCGCUUCUACUACCACUAAACCAAAGCCUGUGUUAGCAUUUUGCCUACCAGGUAAUCCUGUGUCAUGUUAUGUAACAGCGCAUCUAUUUGUUUUGCCCUUAUUAAGGAAGUUGGACUUACGACCUCUUGAAGAAUGGUGCUUUCCAAGUAUUCAUGUACGGUUGUUACAUUCUGUUAAACUGAGUGAUCGUCCAGAUUACACACGUGCCAGAUUAGUUUGGAAAGAGAAUUCAGAAUAUAACCAACCUUCCGUACCUUGUGCAUCUUGUGAUAUGAUAGAGAAUCAAAUGAGUUCUUGCUUAGCUAGUUGUCUUAAUUCUAAUUUGUUACUGGUACUACCUCCCAUUGUUAAUGACGGACCACAGGAACUUCCUGUUGAUUCUGUUGUUAAUGCUUUAGUUAUUGAUUCGAUAUUUUAAAGUUGAACGCUUCACAUUGAAUAGACCUAUUACUUAAUUAAAUUAUAAUCUGACUACUGUUGUUUAUUUUCCUGAUUAAGAAUAAAAUAUUUGUUGAGCAUGUGAGAGCUUUUAUUUGCAAUUUUGCGUUAUGUUGACUCGGGUACUCAUCAACUUCAAUUCGUGGUAGUAGACGUCACUCAAAUGAAUUAAUUUAAGACUUACUAAUUAUAUGAAGUAAUUUGGACAGAGAGCCGACAUUACAAAUUGAUUUAUGUUUUAUAUUUGAAUGUAAGCAAUAUUUAUCUUAACAGUCUACCUCUGUCAAAUUUUCCUCAGGUCAAUAUAUGUUCCUCAUUUGAAUUUAUUCAACACAAGAAUUCUUCAACUUCGUGUUUUAAUAGUUGAAUUUAUUAGUCAAUUGAAGCUAGACCACCAUAGAAAACCUGGGAGCACUGAACGGCCGUUUCGUCCUAGUAUGGGAUUCAUCGGCAGUGCGCAUCCACGAUCCCCUUUCCAUGUUUUCCAUGGUGGUCUAGCUUCAAUUGACUCAUGAAUUCAACUAUUAAAUUACUAUAAUAUCCACAAAACCCCUCUGGACUUCGUGUUUGUUGAAAUAGAUCUAAAGAAAAAGAUUCUCUGCUUUUUGUUUAGACAAGUCAAAACAUGAGUUUAUAAAACUAUUCAAUUACAUUCUGGAAUGCAUAUCUAUUUGAGGUGGUUGGUUUUCAUAUGAAAAUGGGUAAUAGAAAUUUAUUUUCCGAAACAUUAAGUAGCAUGACCAUUUCAGCGUACUCCACUUACCUUUAAAUUAGUAUAUUCUCGUACUUAUCAACCCGAGUAAUUAAUUUUCUUAUCUCUUAAUACUAAGUAAUGGUUUAGCAAUGUUGAAUAAGUAAAAGUGAGACCAUUAACCACCACGAGCAUUUUAUUGAAAUAUUUUCAUUAAUUAGGUAGUGUAGCUAAUUUUUCACACCUCCCAGGGGCAAUUUAUACGAAGCAAUGGUCAAUCAUAUAUAAAUUGGUUUACAGUUAAAUGCUUUAACCAUCAUCCCACAUUAAAACUUAGUGACUAUGUACCAGUUUACAUGUUAAGUUAUGCGACAACCGUUGCAAUUGUACUACCGUUUCUCUGUUAGGUGAUUAUUCGACGCGAUUACUAUGAGCCUAAUAUCAUAAUUCUAAAUUUCUCUUUGAAGCUGUAUAUUAUAGACCCGACUAAAGGGGAAUUAUCGUCAUGGUGCAUAGUCGUUAGGAUGGUUUUUUAGUGGUUUCACAAAAUUCUACUUAAUCAGCCUUGUCUGACUCCGGUCGUCACUUGGAAUGCAUCUGUCAACUGUCCUCCAUGCGCGGCUUCGCAGUGUGGUCCGUCGUAUGAAUUCCGGAUGAUUUUGACGGUUUUCCCAGUUACACCAUAAAGUCGAAGUAGGUUCCAUAAUAUUCUCCUAUCCAUACCGUCAAACGCUUUCUCAUAGUCAAUGAAUUUGAUGUAUAGUGACGAAUUCCAUUCAAUGGAUUGUUGAACGAUGAUCCGUAGUGUUGCGAUUUGGUUCGUGGACGACCGAUCCUUACGGAAUCCGACCUGUUGAUCUCGGAGCUAAGUGUCCACUGAAUCAUUCAUCUGGUUCAGCAACACUGUUGGAACCGCUUGCUGACACGAAUAGUAGUAGGAUGCCUCUGUGGUUCUCACAUUUACUGAGAUUUCAUUUUCUUUUCAUUGGUAUCUUGAUGAGGUAUUCUUCUUUCCAUUCUAUAGGCAUUUGUUGCUCCUAAAUCUUUCAGAAUAGGAUGUGAAGCAUGUUUUCAGUUACUUCAAUAUCUGACUUCAGUGCUACAGCCGAUAUGUUGUCAGGUUCUACUGCUUUCCCACAGUUGAUCUGUCUGCCAUCCUGAUUUUUUCUAUUGUUGAUGGAGUGGCAACCAUAAGAAUGUGCGUGUGUGCUUCUUCGAUGUCUGAUGGUUCAGCGUGACUGGUCUUUCCAAGGGUUCUUUUGAGUGCUCUCAGGUUUCCCUUCACUUGCAACUCUCUCCACUCUCGUCGCUAGAUGUUCCACAUACUUCCGUUCAUCAGUUCUGAUGCUGCUCUUCACUCGCUUGUUUGCCUGUGAAUUUGUCUUCUGUCUUGACCUUCUCUACUAUUGUUUGGUUGUUGUCGACUGGUGUCUUCCUGUUCUUACUUUCUUGAAUCGUGCGUAGGAUAUCAACAGAAAUCCACCCUUUAUGACGGUGCUUCUUGCGACGCAGCACCUCCUGUUACUACUUUUUAUUAUCCAUUUCCAUUUGUUUCCAUAGUAGUUUACUCUUUUAGUGGGACUUAUUGGUAGGAUUUAUGUUGACUUCAUAUGUCAGUAUCUCAAAGGAAGGCUGUAUUAAUCUUUUGUGAUACUGUUUAUCCAGUGUUUCUUUAGCUUUAGUUUCAUCUUUGCAGCUAUCAGGUAGUGAUCUGAAGCCAUAUCAGCUCCUCUAUUUUUUUCUUACGACAAUGGUAACACAUAUAACUAUUUUGUCGAAAGCCCACAAAUUUGUAAAUCUCACAGUUUCCGUCCAUUUCUCCCAGUCCUUGUUAUCCCUCGAUAUCGUCAUACUCUGUAUUGUCCAUUUUGACCUUGGCGUUUAGGUCUUUCAUCAGGACGGUUCAGUCCUUUUCUGGGUAUUUCUCUACAAUGGACUACAACUUCUUACAAAACAAAUAUUCACCAUUCCCCCUGAUAUCAAUGGUGAGCGCAUGGUUGUGGAUGACAUUGCUAUCCAUGUUUUCUUUGCUUACAAGGGUGCUUUGAUAAUCCUGGAUUUAUGAGAUUCCCACCUUAUAAAUGCUUUCUGCACAUCUUUAAAUAGCAUCAGUGCAACUCCUUGUGUGUGCGAGACAUUUUAUUCUUCAUGACCAGAAUACAGUAUCACUUCUCUCGAGUUUUGGUAUGGGUAAGGUAUUGGUACUAAGUUAAAUCCUAUAAAAGACAAAAGAAACACGUCUCUUUCAAAACGGAACGUAAUCACUAUUCAUGAAGAUACCGUUUUUCCGAUAUUGUACUCGUUUGCAGAAAACCUGCAAAGUGAAAUUAUAUAACUGGUGAGACAGGUUCUGUUAAAGUAUCCAAAAUGUCAUGAUACUUUGCGACUACUAUUAUUUCUUGCCAUUGUGAAAAUAGCAAAUUGGUAUUAUGUUUCUUCAUAAAUGUUUUGAUCGAUUGAUAAAAGUCUUUGUCGUUUACGUUGUUAAACAAUUGUGCUGACACCUUGACUCUAAACUAAAUCGACUUUAAAUUAAUCUAGCAAGGAAUAUACUACUGGGAACGACUUCGCAUAUAACUACUUUAGCAACAGUUGAGACAACGGAUUUCGACUAAAUACAUUCGGAAUUAUUCUCUAUUGCAUACCAACAUCGUUCUAAUUUUCAACAGACAAGAUGAAGGGAGAAGUGUCAGAUCCUAAAAUUUAUUAACCUUAGAUCAAUAUUUUAAUUUGUGCAAUCGUUUAUGUUCAGAAAAUUAUAAUCUACUGAGUUAUUUGGUAUUUAAUAAUUCCAUUCAGUUUCUAAAGAUUGCCUCUUAACUGGUUCAUCUAGAAAUUGUAUUGUUCUUUCAGUUGAAUGGCUUGCUUCUUAACUGUGAUUCCCAAAACAACUGAAGUGAGAUCAUGGAAAUUUCAGGGUAAAUAAACCGUACACCCUUUUAAAAUACUUUCUCGACACACUUGUCCUAUGUCUUUUUCUAUUUCAAGCAUCUUCAUGUAUCAGGUUUUUCAAAUGCCUCAUCGUUUCACAUCUUGCUAGAAUCAUGUCAAGAAACGAUUUGACCAAAUUUAAUUCGUCGGCAGUUACCGGGAAGGUCACUCACGGAUUCUAAAAUACAAGGGACCGCACAUAUUUGAUCUAACCGAUACAGGAGGUUGAAAGUAGUUUUGGCUUUGAAUUUUCCUAUCACCAUUAUUUAAGUCUACUUAAUUCAAAUGAUGAAAUUUCACUUUAAUUAUCAUAAUCAUUCUAACUGAUAUGUUUGCUUUAAAAUGGAAAUAAUGUUAUUUCAGUUUAACAAUCAGAUUAGAGUUUAGAUAAAAAAGGAUGAAUAUUUCCGUUCCCAAUAUUCCUUUUAGUUUUAGUGACAAAUAUUUUGAUGCUAUUUGGGAACCAUUAUUAAUGCCAUUUGAUUAUGAAUUAUCACUGAAUUCUCAUUAAAUAUUGACUUUCAAGUAGCGAAUCAACUAUUAUUACUCUCAGUCGUCCUAUCAUUAUUAUGAUCUUUUUCGAAAUCUUCAAAAUCCAUCGAAUGGUUCUUGAAUUCGUACUGUGGAUUAGCAUUUUUCGUGCCGUGAAUUUUCACAAUAGUUUUCAUUCGAAAUGACUAUUCUUUUCUUUAUUUGAACACAUAAAUAUUGUUACAAAGGGGCAUUGACUACAUAUACGCCACACAAGUCACUUGAUUGGUGUGAGGGAUAGGGUACUCCCCAGGUGCUCAAACCAAAGCAGGUGGUUUCCUUAGGCAGCCACAUCCGGAGCCUUCGACCUAUAGGUCUGAUCCAUAAGGCAGUGGAGAAACGUUAGGAGAUGCAGUAACAUGGUAGCCGAUGACCAACAAUAGGUUUAUAUGCCAUUUGUUCCUCCAGGAUCCUGGACCACAUGUACACGAUUGGUUUGGAAUAAGGGUUUUCCAACUCCCCUACUUGGACCCUCCGUGUCCACCAACCCGGUUAGAGCGUUGGACAUUCGCUUUUUGUCCUCUUCAUUUCGUAAAAAACACCUGUGGUGCGAGAAGGCAGUGAGUAAGACUUUUCUGUCAGUGGUUGUAUACGCGUGGCCAUUUGAGACCAUCAUAAGUCAUUUACUUCCACUUACAUAUUGAUCUAAAAAUCAUAUCAUUACUUGACUUUCUCUUGGUCGCAUUCCAACGAUCGAAUUGUUCCAUGGAAUUGUCUUUGUCUAAAUAAUCUGAACGGAUAUAUAAGACCACAAAAUAUUUUGAAUUCGACGAUUUUUUUUCACUUUAUCAAUUCUCACUCAUCACUUUGAUUAAUAGUAAAAAUAUUCGACAGUAAUAUCUAAGUUUAGGUUUCCUUCUAAAAACUUUAUCAUACUGAUAACUAAAAUAAAACAUUUUUUCUUUUUCAUAUUUCAGAAAACACAUAGUAUGAUAUGAGGCCAAAACUUCCAAAAACUAUUUCAGCAUGGCAGCUGAUGAGCUUUUUACCACCUGGUGCAGCAGACAUCACAUCUGAAUUACACUUCACAAGGACUAGACGUAUGCCCAAUAUAACUCGUCCAGACCAAUUACUUAUUAAGGUUAAAGCGGCAUCGUUAAAUCCUGUCGAUUCUUUGCUUGUCUAUGGUUAUGGUUCUUCUAGCUUUAAUUUAUUACGUCGCUUUACAUCAAACUAUGGUUGCUUUGGUCUACCUGAUGCCACAACAGCAGAAAAUGCUGAUUUUCCUUUUACACCUGGUCGUGAUUUUUCUGGUCAAAUAGUUGACAUCGGUUCAGAAGUUGCUUUAUCCAACCUAAACAGGCAAAAUAAACUUAUUAUUGGUACAAAUGUGGUUGGUGCUACAUGGCCUUUUCUCAGUACUACUGGAUCUGGUUCAUUAGCUGAAUAUAUUGUCUGUCCAGCCGAUUAUGUUGCUCCAUUACCUAGUAAUGUUUCUUUCAUAUCUGCAGCUGCAUUAGGAUAUGCUGGUUUAACUGCAUGGUCAGCUUUAGUUGAUGCUGGUGGAAUCGACCCUGUUAGUAAGUCAUCACCAUCAGCUUGUUCAAUUCUUAUAACUGGCGCCACUGGUGGUGUUGGCUUUAUUGCAGCACAAUUGGCUAAACUUUGGGGUUGGAAAGUUCAUGUCACAUGUCCAAGUGAUAAAAAGGCAUUAGAUUUAAUGAAUGUUUUACAAGUUGAUGAAAUAUUUCCACAUCCAACAAAUAUUCAAACAACAAUGAAAUAUGAUUUAAUUCUUGAUUGUAUUCGACCGGAUUAUUUGAAUACAACAACUUCAUUCACCACAUCAUCAUCAUCAUCAUCAUCAUCAUCAUCGUCGAAUACACAAUUGAAACAAUGUCAUUUCAUUGAUCAUUUAUUACCUCAACUACCAUCUAUGUUAACUUAUUUAAAUACAUCAUCAAAUCGUACACGUUAUAUUAUGCUUAAUCCACCAUUAUUGUAUUUAAAUGAUUAUUAUGGACCAUUUAUUGGUAGUGGAAUAGCAUAUUCACAAUUAUUGUAUAGUAAUAUUGCAGCAUUAUUCUCUAACAAUAAUGUUUAUAAUACUAAUUUAAAUAAAAUACGUUGGGUAUUUUUUAAACCAAAUAAUAAAGUAUUAAAUUAUCUUUUAAAUUUACUUUCAAAUAAACAAUUAAUAAUACCAGUGGAUACUGUUUAUCAAUUUAAUCAUGUACCAGAUGCAUUUCAUCGACUGUAUACUAAAGGAAAACGUGGUAAACUUGUAAUUGAAGUGAAUAAUUAAUAAAUAAUCUUUCUUUUACAAUAAUUUAACUUUUUAUUUUGGAAUAAAAGGCCUAGGAUAAGAGUGGGUUGGAGAAUGCUGGUCGGCGGCCUAUGCUCCAUUAGGAGUAACAGGCGUAGGUAAGUAAGUAAGUAAUAGUUUAACCUGAAACAUCCUGGAAAUUCAAGAUAUAAUACUAAUAGUUACACGAUCGUGCUUGAGACUGAUAGUUUAGUGAACCAAAACAUCAGUGGGGAUAAUCGAAUGUAUUUGAGCAGAAAAUUACAGAGCAUCUUAAAUAAAAUCUGAGAACCAUAUAGUAAAUCGUUAAUUUCCAAAAUAUCAAACUUGACUGUUCCUGUUG